AUGUUGAUCACAGAAGACUUUUGUGUCAAAAUCUUGGAUAAGUGCCCAGAUAUCAAACAAUUGAAAAGGAUACACUGUAGGUUAAUUAUCGAUGGAAAUCUCCUCUCGGCUUCGCAUAUUGCUCUGAAACUAAUGAAAGCUUAUUCUGAGUGUCGCCAAAUCGCUGUCACCCGCCAACUGUUUGAUGAAUUUCCUCAAAAAGAUGUUGUCUUUUUCAAUGUCAUGAUUAGAAGCUACGUAAACAAUGUAUUCUACGAUAGAGCACUUCAUAUGUACAGAAAUAUGUUCAAGUUCAACAUUAACCCUGAUCAUUUCACAGUUCCUCAAGUUUUAAAAGCAUGUUCCGGGUCUGAGAAUUUAUGGGUCGGAUUACAAACCCAUGUUGCUGUUUUUAAGAAGGGUCUGCAUUCAAAUCUUUAUGUAGGGAAUGGAUUGAUUACAAUGUAUGGGAAAUGUAAUAGGUUACUGGAAGGUCGCAAGGUGUUUGAUGAAAUGCCUAGUAGAGAUGCUGUCUCAUGGAAUGCUAUGGUUGCUGCAUACGCUCAAAAUGGGAUUUUCGAUCUUGCUCUGGAGGUUUGUAGGACAAUGAUAAAAUCCUCUAGCUUAAAACCGAAUGCAGGCACGAUGGCUAGCCUUUCUCCUGCUGUAACAAGUUCAACAUCUCCUAACAACGUUAUGUUUAUGAAGGAAAUGUUCAUGAACCAUGCUCGAGAGAGUUUAGUUUCUUGGAAUGUGAUGAUGGCUGUGUAUGUUCACAAUUCGUUGCCCACAGAUGCAGUUGAUCUUUAUUUGCAAAUGGAGACCUAUGGAAUUUCCCCAGAUUCCGUUACAGUUGCUAGUGUUCUACCUGCUUGUGGGGAUCUUUCAGCUUUAUUGCUAGGGAGAAAGAUUCAUGAAUAUGUACAAAGGAAGAGGCUUCUUCCUAAUCUAAUACUAGAGAAUGCCUUGAUUGAUAUGUAUGCCAAAUGUGGAUCUUUAAAUGAGGCAAGAAAGGUGUUCGAUAAAAUGGGGACCCGAGAUAUUGUGUCAUGGACUUCUAUGGUCUCUGCUUAUGGCAUGACCGGAGACGGUCAAACUGCUAUACGGGUGUUUUCAGAAAUGCAGGACUCAGGUCUGAUCCCUGAUUCCAUUUCCUUUGUUCCGGUCCUAUCAGCCUGCAGCCAUGCUGGAUUGUUAAAUCAGGGGAAACAAUUCUUCAAAUUGAUGACGGAGGAAUAUAAAAUUGUUCCGAGGCUUGAACACUUGGCUUGUAUGGUUGAUUUACUAGGGCGGUCUGGGAGAAUCGAUGAAGCUUAUGACUUUAUUAGGAGGAUGAAAACGAACCCAAAUGAUAGAAUUUGGGGGGCUUUGUUGAGUGCUUGUAAGGUUCACUCUAACAUGGAUAUUGGGCUUAUUGCAGCAGAUCAUCUCUUACAAUUGGUCCCUGAGCAAGCUGGGUAUUACGUAUUGUUGUCGAAUAUAUAUGCAAAAGCCGGUAGAUGGAAAGAUGUGACGAAUAUUCGUUCAAUUAUGAAAGCCAGAGGGGUCAAGAAGGUCCCAGGUGUUAGUAAUGUUGAGCUUAAUAAUCAAGUUCACUCCUUUCUUGCUGGUGAUCAAUCCCAUCCACAAUCUAAAGAGAUUUAUCAAGAAUUAGAUGUAAUUGUGGGGAAAAUGAGAGAGUUGGGGUAUGUAGCCGAGACGGAUUCUGCACUUCAUGAUAUAGAGGAGGAAGAUAAAGGAAACCAUCUUGCAGUUCAUAGUGAGAAGCUGGCUAUUGUGUUUGUGAUUAUAAACACGAAACCUUUUACGCUUAUUAGAAUCACCAAGAAUCUGCGUGUUUGUGAGGAUUGUCAUAUAGCUGCUAAGCUCAUCUCCAUAAUCGUUGAACGCGAAAUCAUACUUCGGGAUACAAAUCGCUUUCAUCAUUUCAAGAAUGGCAUUUGCUCGUGUGGUGACUAUUGGUGAGAUGGUAAGUGAAAGAUUGUGGGGGGUGUUAGCCAUCCAUCAAAUACUUUCCUUUUUUUGUGCACUUUUUGCUCAAACUUCUCGAGGAUUUCCCACAAGCAAUUAAGUUAGCUAGAUGGCACAAGCCACUAGAUUUUAAAGCUAAAUGGAGAAGAAUGAUGCUUGAUUCAAGAACUGGGUUCUGCAGGACCUGCAUCUUUCAUGAGUCUUGAAGUGUCUAUAAAACAAUGUCAUGUCUGAAAAGGCUCGAAAAACCUGUUGGAGUUCCAUGUCGGCUAGACUUGAUAAUGUGUG